AUGGCGACAGAAGAGAAAAAGGAACGGAUCAUCGACUACUUUUUCUUAGUCCACGGACUCUCAACGUCAGAAGUGAACGUUAAGGAACAUUGGCAGUACUUUGUUGCUCCACUGAGAGAUUUGUUGGGAACAAACUACAUCAUCAAAUACUGUAAAGCCAACGCCGCGAGAGGGUGUACAAGUGAUGGCCUACAAGUUGGCGCACUUAGACUUGCAAAUGAAAUAUGUUUGGAUUUGAAAGACACACACGACAAGAGAGGGGACGAGAAGUAUCGUUUUCACUUCAUUGGACACUCGGUUGGUGGGUUGUAUAUAAGACUUGCGCUACCAAUUCUUUUAAGAAGAGGCAUUUUCAACAAUCCGAACUACACCUUAUUUAAUUACAUCUCUAUCGAAGCUCCACACGCUGGUAUUAAGAAACCUGAGAACAAUGGUGCUUUUGACACACUGUUUUCUUCAAUCACCGGUGCUCUGUAUGAAGGACAAACACUUAAUGAUCUUAAUUUGGCGGACAGGCCAUAUCCCCCAUACGACCCAACUGAUUUAAAUGAACAGCCCCUGUUGGUUCAAAUGGUUCUUGAUAACAGCUUGGAUUGUUUAAAGCGUUUUGCUCACUUGACAUUAAUUCAAAACAUCAAGUUUUCGAUGGCAUGUCCCUAUGUCACUGGCGCGCUCGACCGAGCUAUUCCCUAUGAUCGAGAGUUUCUGAAGGAUAAAUAUUUACUCGACGCAUAUGGAUAUACCAAAGAGUAUCUUGAUGUCCUCGAUAAUUGCACAAGGGAGUACAAAUUGCAGAGUGAUCGUGGCGAAGUCUUCGAAGAAAAGGUCGACGGGUGUGUGGUAAUUGACAAUAUCAUCAAUAAGAUGAAUGAGUUGCCUUGGCGAAGGCUCAACGUCAAUUUCAGAACUAAAAGCACUGAUCUUCAUUACUUCUUGAUUGGUCUUCUUUCUCGAAAAAAAAUCUUCAAACAAUGGGGGUGUGAAGAUGUUGACACAUACUUAUACACCCUUGCUCGUGUGAUCAAGCGUGACAUCGACAUUGUUCAAGGUUCUUCAAUCUUACCAUUCCAUCCUUCUCAAUCUCAACCCGAAAGUGACAAGAAAAGUGAAAAAACGUCCGAUACUGGUAAAGGUGACACGCAACUUCUCUUUGAUGUUCCAUCUUCCCAACCCCAAAAACCAUUAAAACAAGAAACCGUUCCAAUUCCAGAAACUCUCAACACAAUUAAUUUACUUUGA